CAAUGUUAUGGUACUGCGUGAUAAGUUGACAAGGUCUUGCUGGAACUGAUUCUGUGCUUUGUUGUAAUAAUAUUUUUUCAAAUUAGUUAAUAAUUUGAAACAGCAUUUAGAUUUAUUGGUUUUGUUUAUAACUUUUAUUAGUGAAUUGCUUAGGUAUUUGUAUUCUAGAGAGAGAUUUAUUUGUGUUAUGUUACUUCCUUUGAAAAUACAUAUUAUUCUGCUUUUAACACACUAGCAUUUUAUAAUAAAAUAAAAAUAAAUAUAAGUCCUUGUUUUAAAACUUAUAAUUUUACUAUAGCAUUUGAGGAUGUAGCCUACAAGAUAUUUCAAUACUUGUAUUUUCAUUUUCUCUCAGUGGAUCAUUUUAGUAUUCAGAAUGAGUGAUUCUUUAUGGAAUGGGUUAACAUUUGGCUUAUCCUUUUCCUGCUUUGACUACCAUGGCUAUUCAGAUAUUGCUACUAUCAUGGAAGAGCAUCAGUGGGUGGCAGCCUUAUUGAGCAUGCUACUAGUGGUCAUAACUGGAACAUUAAUCUGGCGCAAGUGGAAGAAUAAAGAGCUGCUGCCGGAAGUUAAAGAGUUGGUAGGAGUCGGAUCAACAAGGCCUCGGUUCCGGAAAAGGGAUAAAGUUCUUUUCUAUGGACGGAAAAUAAUGAGAAAGGUAAAAUCAAUAUCGGGACAAGUCCAUGGAGUUCAGGGCAAAAAGAGAAAACUGGUUAUGAAGUUUGCGAGACGUCUGCUCCAGAUGAAGAAGGAUAACACUCCACAGCAGUUGAAGUUACUCGAGCCUCCAGUUGAAUAUUUACAAGAAGACAUUUCCAGUAAAGAUGAACAAAGGGUUCCUCUAGACGCUUUCUACAUGCUUCAGAGCAUACGCGUAUUUGGUCAUUUUGAAAAGCCAAUAUUUUUGAAGCUUUGCAAACAUACUGACAUAAUGAAUCUACCAGCUGGUGCUUAUCUUUUUAAGAUAGGUGAUCCUGAUGAAAAUGUGUACGUGAUACAAAAUGGAAAAGUGAACGUCUUUAUCACAGGAACAGACGGUGAGCAGAUUUCACUCAAAGUGGUCAAGACAGGAGAUUCUGUCACCUCCUUGCUGAGUUUCACUGACGUUUUGACGGGUCAUCCUAAGCCAUACAAGACAGUGUCUGCUCGUGCUAUAGAGGAUUCUACUGUGGUGCGAUUGCCGAUGGCUGCAUUCCAGGAAGUCUUUAAGGAGUAUCCAGACACAUUUAUACGAAUUAUGCAGGUGAUCAUGGUACGACUGCAGCGUGUCACCUUCACUGCUUUACAUCAGCAUCUAGGCCUCAGUGCUGAGUUAGUGAAUCCGGGAAACCAACGGAAGAAAUCUAGUCCAUUUUUACAAUCGCCCGUUAAAUCAAAAUCAAGAGAAUUGUUUCCAACAAGAGAUGACAAUUUUUCAGGUAUACAGCCGCAGGGUAGCCACCACAGCACACCCCAAGCAACACCUGAUGGAGAGACCCAGCCCAUCCCCAUCCUGAACCAGCACCGUCGCUCUCGCUCUGGCAUGGAGAUCCGGUUCUCCUCACAGCAUCCGGAUAUCAUGCCGGAGUUUGACAUCUACUCACACUCCUCCCACUCCCAGGCUACUCCAGAUCUUCAGGCUGGGCUCGGUAAUGGAGUCGGACGCAAACGCUCACAGCAGAUCACAGAGGCGUAUGACGAGGAGACACUAAUCAGGAUAGCAACGGAAGCGUUUGUGCGGGAAUUAGGCCUAGAGGAUGACACACUACUGCAGGGAGGCAAGAUAGAGAUCCGGGAAGUGCCAGCAGGAACAUAUCUCAUGAAGGAAGAUUCUCAUAAGGAUGUCGCCCUAGUGUACGUGUUGGCCGGCACACUACAGGUGUCCCAGAAGACCACAGAUAACCAGGAGGAUGUACAUAUGUUCAACGCAUACCCGGGUGAGAUAGUCGGGGGACUAGCAGUUCUCACAGCUGAGCCCAGCUUCUUCACCAUCCGAGCCAAGCACACCUGCCGCAUUGCUCUCCUUUCCAAGAACACUGUCUACGGGAUUCUGUGUGAGAAGCCCGAGGUUGUGCUACACGUGGCUCACACGGUAGUAGACAGGCUCUCACCGUUUGUGCGGCAAGUCGAUUUCGCUCUAGAUUGGGUAUUUUUGGAGGCUGGACGUGCUGUUUAUAGGCAGGGGGAUGACUCAGACAGUACAUUUAUAGUCCUAAGUGGUCGUCUAAGAUCAGUCAUUACUCACAGCAAUGGCAAGAAGCAGCUGGUGACUGAGUACGGCAAGGGGGACCUCGUUGGUAUUGUGGAGAUGGUAACCGGGACACCUCGAGGAACAACAGUGAUGGCAAUCAGAGACUCAGAACUAGCCAAACUUCCUGAGGGGCUCUUUAACGCCAUAAAGCUGAGGUAUCCCAUAGUGGUCACAAGACUCAUCAACAUCCUUGGGCACCGCAUUCUGGGGUCCUGGCAGAAUCCUGGCAGUGGUAUCCUGGACAGUCGCACCGUAGAUGCCAGACUCAGCCAGCACAACUUCACCACAGUGGCUAUUGUGCCAGUGUCAGACGAUGUGCCUCUCAGUGCCUUCACCUUCGAGCUCUACCACUCUCUGUGUGCCAUCGGUCCAACAAUCAGAUUGACCUCAGAGAUAGUGAGGAAGACGCUGGGAGCCUCUAUAAUGGACCAGAGCAACGAGUACAGACUGACAUCAUGGCUGGCACAGCAGGAGGACCAGAACAACAUAGCGUUGUACCAGUGUGACCCAACCAUCACAGUGUGGAGUCAGCGGUGCAUUAGACAGGCAGACUGCGUGCUCAUCGUAGGGCUCGGGGACCGCUCACCCUCUGUUGGCAAGAUGGAGAAAGAAGUGGAGCGAAUGGCAAUGCGGACCCAGAAAGAACUAGUCAUACUACACAAAGAAGGUUGCGAACGACCGAACAACACAGUUACCUGGCUCAAUAUGCGGAAUUGGAUCUCAUCACACCACCAUAUUCUGUGCAACAAACGCAUGUUUAGUCGUAGAUCUCAAUAUAGAAUUAAUGAACUGUACAGUAAAGUAUUAAUGUCAGAACCCAACAUUCACUCGGACUUCUCCCGACUGGCAAGGUGGCUGACAGGAACCUCUGUAGGUCUGGUGUUGGGAGGGGGAGGAGCAAGAGGUGCCUCGCAUGUCGGCAUGGUCAAGGCUAUACAGGAAGCAGGUAUUCCCAUCGAUAUGGUGGGAGGAGUCAGCAUCGGUGCAUUUAUGGGAGCACUGUGGUGUACAGAGAGAAACGUUACAACUAUGACCCAGAAGGCCAGAGAAUGGUCAAAGAAAAUGACUCAGUGGUGGAGGCAGUUGUUGGACCUGACGUAUCCAGCAACGUCUAUGUUCAAGGGUUCUUAUUUCAACCAAACCAUCUACAGCACAUUCGGUGACACGUACAUCGAGGACUUGUGGUUGCCGUACUUCACCAUCACCACCGACAUCACGGCCAGCGUCAUGCGCAUCCACACUCAUGGCUCCUUGUGGCGCUACAUCCGCGGCUCCAUGUCCUUGUCUGGCUACAUGCCCCCUCUCUGUGACCCCACCGACGGCCACCUCUUGUUGGACGGGGGCUAUGUCAACAACCUCCCAGGGUGUCUGUGGCGGUAUGUGCGAUCCAGUAUGACGUUAGCUGGUAUCUUCCCUCCUCUUUGUGACCCGGAAGACGGACACCUUCUCAUAGACGGGUGCUACACCAACAAUGUGCCAGCGGAUGUGAUGAAGCGAUGUGGUGCCAAGUACAUCCUGGCUAUCGACGUUGGCUCGCAGGACGACAUGGACCUGACCAAUUAUGGGGAUGAUCUCAGUGGUUGGUGGUUGCUACUCAAGCGGCUGCCGUUCACAUCUCCCGUCAAGGUGCCCAACUUACCGGACAUUCAGUCCCGCCUGGCCUAUGUCUCGUGUGUCCGUCAGCUCGAGGAAGUGAAGAACAGUGAUUACUGUGAAUACAUUCGACCUCCCAUUGACAAAUACACAACUCUACAGUUUGGUAGUUUUGACGAAAUCAAGGAUGUGGGUUACAACCACGGAAAGACUUUCUUCACGGGAAUGAUGAAAGGAGGAGCUUAUCCUCCCUUCCUCAGGUCACCAGACAUGCAGGUGUCGAGAAUUGAACCUCGCAAGUCCACCACAACUCAAUCAACAAGCUAUACCUUUACUGAUCUCGCACAAAUGGUUUGCAAAGUCCAACGAAAACCCUAUUCUGGAGCAAGUGACUCUUCAGAUGAUGACUACGAAGCUGAUGAGGAAGACACACAAGAGGUUGGUUAUGCUUCUGAGCCCUCAGGAAACAUUCUGGAUAGUAACCAUAGCCCAUUGAUGAGGAGGAGAACUGGAGGAUCUUUGUCAUUGUCAGAAAAUGAGUUGGAAUCUGAGAGCGAGUUCUACUCAAGGACAAGUAGGAUGCCCCAAUGAACUUCAUUGAAUCUGCUUUGUGUAUUAUGUAUACUAUUUGUAAAUGCAUAGCUAAAAACUUGACAUAAUGACUUUUUGUUAUGUUUUUCUGUAUAAAAAUAAAUAUUUUUUAGUAUCAUUAAA